AUGUCGAUAAACAUGGAUGUCCCAGUCAUCACCGACAUUGACAGGCGAAAUAGUACCCGCGUGGUGCCUAUGAAGGUGAUAUGUGCGGGGAUGCCUCGUACCGGAACCCUCUCUCUGAGGUUUGCCUUAAAAAUUCUUGGUUUCGAAGACACUUAUCAUAUGUUUUGCUGUGCUGUGGAGAACCAAAAGGACUGCGACAUGUGGAUCGAUGCUAUCCGUGCGAAAUAUGAAGGCAUCGGCACCUGGGAAAAGAAGGAUUGGGAUGCUCUACUGGGCCAUUGCCAGGCUACAACCGAUGCCCCCGGUUGUGCCUUUAUUCCCGAGCUGGUUGCAGCUUACCCGGAGGCCAAGGUGGUGUUGAACAAGAGAGAUUUUGAGAAAUGGUAUACGUCUGUUAUCAACACCAUCCACAAGGCGCAUUUAGCCAACCUGGAAUUGGGUAUCGAAGGAAAGCGGGUAGAGAUGGUUAGUUUGCUUUGGGACCAUAUGUUUAAGGGUGAUUUCCGUAAGAAUGGAAAGGAGAUCUGGGAACAGCACUACCAGAUGGUCCGCGACCUGGUUCCAGCUGACAACUUACUCGAAUUUGAGGCUAAGGAUGGAUGGGAGCCUCUUUGCAAGUUCUUGGGCGUGCCGGUGCCCGAUGUCCCUUACCCAAGGGUGAACGAUACAACUAACUUCUGGGAAAGAUUUGAGAAAGGAACUGGUGCCAGCCUGGAGCAGGUCAACGAGAUUGUAGCCAAGGUAGAGUGUGGCCGUGCUUAG